CUCUCGCCGAAAUCAUGGAUCCCGGCGUCCUGUCGCGGCUGAUACCCCAGAGCAAGGAGCAGAUGCGACCGGCGUGCAAGAAGUGCGGCUACGCCGGACACUUAACCUAUCAGUGCCGCAACUUCAUCAAGAUCGACCCCAACAAGGAGAUCGUGCUGGACGUGAGCAGCACGAGCUCGGACAGCGACGAGAAUUACGUCACCCCGUUGACGGAGCUGCGCGAGCGCGAGCUGCGGUGGAAGCUGCGGGACGCGAAGAAGAAGCGCCGGGAGAAGAAGGCAAGGAAGAAGCGCAAGAGAAAGCGCGGGAGCUCGGAGAGCAGCGACAGCGAGUCCGACUCCGAAUCCUCCUCCUCCUCGUCGUCGACGUCGUCGUCGUCGUCGUCGUCCAGCGAGGAGGAGAAGAAGCGCAAGAAGGCAAAGAAGAGGAAGAAGAGCUCGAAGCACAAAAAACGCAAGAAGAAUAAGCGGGACGAUGCGUCGUCCGCGAGCGUGGAGGACGGCGACCGGAAAAAGAAAUGAAUUGUUCAUGAGUGAUGAGCGACGGAUUCUCGUUCGAGUCGUUUCCAGUUCUUUCUGCCGUUGAAUAUUGAACGAUCCCGUGACUACGAGGUUUUUUUUUUUUAAUCGUGUCUCGUGUGCCGCGUCCGUUUUUUUUUAUCUAUAUAAUAAGGUGAGGGAAUCAUCACCUUACUGUGUCCUGCACUGACUCGGACUUUGUAAAUAAAAGCAUAUAUAUUUUUCAUUUGUACAGAGAACCGUGACAUUCCUUAAUAAAGAAUUUUAGAUUGUAAAAAUUAUAA